AUGCCAGUUCCGGCAUACGUGAGGCUCCUAUUUGACAGAGAGCAGCAGAGCCUGGAACUGUCUGUCAAAGCCGUGCAGAGCUUGUUGGACCGCCUCAAUGAUCCGGUAGCAGAAGUACGCACAGCGGCAGGCUCCCAAGAUGCUGCAGCUCCAAGCCUGAGCGAUGCAUGGUACUACUCACUAAGUAGGCGUGGCGGGCGAAUUUUCACUUCUUGGUUUUGCUGUGUUCGCUGUCAUUCGUUGGAGUCUUUGGAAGACUCGGAAGCUACGGCCUUGCUUUUGAUUCUGGUGCACCUGAAGGAAGCGCACAUGGGAAUGGAGGCUCGUCUGCCACGGACGCCAUCUGGGCAAGCUAAGUCCAAGAAUGCCCAGAUCUGGAAGGGCUUCGUCCAGGGUUCCGUCGGCGCGGCGAUUGGCGGGUCCUGCGCGCAUCCUCUGGACUUGAUCAAGGUCCGGAUGCAGCUGCAGACAGAAGUUCCCAAGCUCAGUAUGUUACAGAUGGGCCCUCACAUUGUCAAGAAUGAGGGUGUCCUCGGCCUCUUCAAAGGUGUCGAUGCUUCGGCAGCUCGGCAACUGGUCUACAGCGGUGUCCGAUUUGGUAUGUACGACAUGCUCAAGGGCUUCUGCGGCGAAUCCCAGAGACCACUCAGCACAGUCGAGAAGGUCCUGUGUGCUGCUGUGGCUGGUGCAACCGGAGCUUUCGCUGGAAAUCCGGGCGAUUUGGCCAUGGUGCGCAUGCAGGCAGAUGGCAAGCUGCCACCAGCAGAACGUCGUGGAUACAAGAACAUUUUUGAUGCGGUUGGCAAAAUUGCACGUUCAGAAGGAGUUCUAUCCAUGUGGCGAACAGGAGUUGUGCCCAACAUGAACCGUGCAACGAUCAUCACUGUUGGACAGUUGGCGGCAUACGACACCUGCAAAGAGGUUUUCGUUGAUGUGUUCAAGAUGACCGAGGGCGUUGGGCUUCAUUUGUCCUCUAGUUUUGGUGCUGCCUUCAUCGCUUCAGUGAUGUCCAAUCCAGUCGAUGUGGCAAAGACACGACUCAUGAACCAAAGACCAGAAGAGGGCAAGCCCUUGCUGUACAGAAGUACAGUGCAGACAAUGAGCACAAUAGCGCAACAGGAGGGGCCACUGGCCCUAUACAAGGGCUUCCCAGCCACUUUUGCCCGACAAUGCCCUUACGUCGUUAUCACCUGGGUCACAGUUGAGCAGCUGAAAAAGAUCAUGAAGGACUGGUGA